AUGGUGAACCGAAUGCUUAUCAUUGCGCCCCCUUUCCCCGUCUCCUCUCGUCCCUCCCUGCACUCCCUCCCUCCUCUCCCUCCCUGCCACACCCUUCAACCACUCCCCCACUCCCCCUCGCCUCCCCCAGCAUCUGCGUCCAUGGUGAACCGGGUGCGGUGGGCGCCUGACCCCUCCUCGCCCGCCUCGCGGCUCAUCAUGUCAGAGACCACUCUCAAGAGCGCAGUGGAGGUCCCAGUGCCAUUCCGGAUGAUCCCAAGGGACGUCAUAGAGACUGCAGGCAACAAGCUGUUGGAGCAGAUUCUAAAAGUGGCCGUGCCGCGCUUCCUAGAGCAGGGGACACCUCGUUGUUUCCCCUCCUCCCCCUACCCUCUCACUCCGUCUCUCCUUGCCCUUCCCCACCUGUCUCUUCUCUCUGUCCCCUCCUCCCCUCAGCUGAAAAAGGACUAUGAGGCGUGGGCUUCAGGGGACACCUCGCGAAAGCCCCUCGGCACAGGGGAGUUGUGA